UUGAGUCAGAGUGACGCAGGCAGAGAGGAGGACGCAGAAGCAGCAUCCACACAGGCUACCAUCGUCGUGUAUACAGGGCAGUAUCCAUCGGAGACCGUUGUUGAAGAGUGAAGAAAAUACUGUGCAAAAGAGGUACCUUUCUUCGCGGCCCACAGCAUGACAAAGGAGGAAACCCCGGAGGUGGAGGAGGCUCAGCCAGCUUCAGAGUACCAGAGCCCGGUUCUGGAGACUCGGAAGCGGCCCAUGGUUCACCCAUCCGCCCCAGCUCCACUCCCUAAGGACUAUGCCUUCACAUUCUUUGAUCCCAAUGACCCGGCCUGCCAGGAGAUCCUACUGGACCCACGCACCACCAUCCCGGAGCUGUUCGCCAUUAUCCGACAGUGGGUCCCCCAGGUGCAGCAUAAAAUCGACAUCAUCGGCAACGAGAUACUGAAGAGAGGUUGCCAUGUCAAUGACCGCGAUGGACUGACAGACAUGACCUUGCUCCACUACAGUUGCAAAGCCGGAGCCCACGGAGUUGGUGACCCUGCCGCCGCCCUCCGGCUGUCCAACCAGCUGAUUGCCCUGGGAGCUGACGUCAGCCUGCGCAGCCGCUGGACAAACAUGAACGCGCUGCACUACGCCGCCUAUUUCGACGUGCCAGAGCUGAUCCGCGUCCUGCUCAAGGCCUCCAAGCCCAAGGUUCUCAACUCCACCUGCAGCGACUUCCACCAUGGGACCGCCCUGCACAUCGCUGCCUCGAACCUGUGCCUGGGGGCUGUCAAGUGUUUGCUGGAGCACGGGGCUAACCCCACUGUCAGGAACGACAAAGGCCAGGGCCCGGCAGAGGUGGUCCCAGACCCCAUGGACAUGAGCCUGGACAAGGCUGAGGCGGCCAUGGUGGCCAAGGAGCUGAAGCAGCUGCUGCUUGACGCUGUGCCCCUCAGUUGCAACCUGCCGCGCGCCACCCUGCCUAACUACGACAACAUCCCCGGCAACCUCAUGCUUACCGCACUGGGGCUCAAGCUCGGCGACCGAGUCAUCCUGGAUGACAUGAAGCUUCCCCAAAAAUCGUGCAGCGAUGUCACCCCUUCUCUGCACUUCUCUGUGAAGCAGACCGGGACACUGCGGUUUUGUGGAACGACGGAGUUUGCCAGCGGGCAGUGGGUGGGCGUGGAGCUGGACGAGCCCGAGGGCAAGAACGACGGCAGCGUUGGGGGGGUGCGCUACUUCAUCUGUCCCCCCAAACUGGGAAUUUUCGCACCAGUGUCUAAAAUCUCCAAAGCUGCAGAUCAGACCCCCUCUUCUGUCACCUCCACCCCAAAAACCCCGCGCGUGGACCUCUCCCGAGUGACAGGCAAGAAUAAAAAGGAGAAGAAGGAAAAGGAGAAGGAAAAAGAGAGAGAGAAAGCUCUGCGGAAGAAGUCCCUGUCUGCGGGAUGCCUGGACCCUGACGGGGUGAAGGUGGAGGUGGGGGACCAAGUGCUGGUGGCUGGACAGAAGCAGGGGAUUGUCCGCUUCUAUGGCAAGACGGACUUCGCUCCAGGGUACUGGUUUGGAGUGGAGCUGGAGCAGCCCACAGGGAAACACGAUGGCUCUGUGUUCGGGGUCCGCUACUUCAGCUGCCUGCCCAAGUACGGUGUCUUCGCCCCACCGUCCCGUGUGCAGAGAAUUGGCGGACCCAAAGACUCCCAGAGUGAUGGCACACUGGUGAAGAAAGUUCACCAGGUCACUAUGUCCCAGCCCAAACGUAACUUCACUGCAGUGCGAACGCCCAAGGACAUCACGUCAGAGAGCUCCAUAUCCAGGUUGCUCUUCUGUUGCUGGUUCCCCUGGAUGCUGCGUGCCGAGAUGCAGUCCUAACCCCCCUGCCCCCUUCCUCCUCCUCCUCUUCCUCCUCUUCCUCUUGGAUAGGUCAACUGCUCUCUUCCUCUCAGUGUCCGUCUCUCAUUUCUGCUUUUCUCUGAGAACCAACCAGACUGUUGCCGUCAAUAUUACCGUAGUGAUCCACUCCUCACCCCUGCCCUUGGUCGCAAUCCUAUAGCAAAUUCUAGUGCCUUGUAUCUUAACUAACGUCCUGCAUUCCGUUUGUUACACUAACAAAAAAAAACAUUAAAAAAAUAGUUGGGGAAAAAACAUACAAAAAGCAAAUAAUAUAUAGAGAACUCUUAGUUUUAUAAGUUUCCCGUAUGUGAAUUUUCUUCUUCGAUGUUGACUGCUUGAUGUUGCCGAUGUUAAAUGUUGCCAAAAUCCUCUAAAUAGUCAGAAAACUAGCAAAACUCUUUAAACUUUAAAAAUAUAUGGAGCUUCCAUAAAUAACAGCUCGACAGCCGUAACACAACUGGGCCUUCACAUUUUUUAUCAGUUUGUUUUUCAGAGCAUACGCUGCUAAAAUUUGUUGCUGCUUUCAGUUUUUCUUCGUGUGCACUUCAUAUUCUGAGAACAUCUUCAUCUUCAUCUCCACUAAAUGGUUAACACCGCAAUCUUGUAAAUUCCAGUACAUUUCACAUUGCUGUUGACGAUAGAAAUUAGCUUGUAGUUGUGCGGUGUGACCAUAACAUGAGGACAAAGGACCAUAUAACGACUGAUAAGAUCCAAUCAGGAACAAACAUAAGGCCCAGACACCCUCUGAAGCUUUGGCGUUUAUAGUGCAAAACUGCAGCCUUACAGAGGUUCAUCUGCGUUACAUUCCUCUUUACCUUAAUUAAUCCAUUGCACUGGUACCAUCAAGCCUGUUACUUCUGUUAUUGUUUCAAAGGUCUGCAGGUGCAAAGUUUCCUGCCUUAAGCAAGGGGAUCAUUUUGCCACUUUCAGCCACCAGAGCAAAAAAAAAAAACAUUUCUUCAGGUACACUUGACAGACAACUAUCUCCCAAUUCAAUUUCAAGUGGAACAUAAAUGUUCACAUCUUAAUUUAUUUAUGUAGUUAUUUAUUUUAUGCCUUAAACUGCAGUCAGUCAGGGGAGUCCCAAGCAGAUUGGCUAAAUGCAACAUUUAUUUCGUGCGGGCUUCUUGUGUAAACACACCAAUAAAUACCCCAAAAUUAUUACACACUGUCUCACACUCGAGCUGAAAUAAAAUGUGAAAACUCACACUCAUACUCGGUAAAGUGUGUGUCCCAUUGUGAGAGAAGCUGGGCACUCAGCUAAUAUGUAACAAUCUCACAGUGUUGCUACCACACCACUAACGCAUUGAAGAAAUGCUGUGCCAUGUUCUAGUGUUAAAAGUGAGAGAAGUUAUAUUCAGACCACAGUGUCAUACAGGCUAAUACAUUUCUACAGUGAGAUGAGGUUUCUUCCUGGUCUCCAUUACAGCUCUACGUGUUGUGGUCGUGUACGAUCGAUCAGUCCCCCCCUCACACUUAAUGCCUAUACCAUUCUGGCUCCGCUGAAAAUGCCUGUUAGCUAAGUGUUGUAGCCAUGACUGUCCCUCGCCGCACGCUCUCCGCGUCAAGCUUCGGCACGUCCUGUGAAUAUGCGCUUUGUAGAAAUAACUCUCCCGUCGGCACUUGAUGUGUUUAUCAGUGUGGUUGUGGAGAAACGGCAGUAGCACUCUGUGUUACCUGGCAAUGUGAAUAUCGCUCGUGAUCUGACUACUCACACCAGACAAGCACACCAUGAGGAAGGGGAGGACAAACGCACAGGUACACUCACACAACCUUUCCACUGAAUGCCAUGUAUCGACGCCACCUCAAAACAGCUAAGGUGGACCCGUCAGAAGGUACAAAUACCUGUUUUAGCUGUGUAACUCUACUCUGAACAAACACUCCAGCUAACGCCUAUAGCAGCACUCCCUUGAUGUUGUUAUGACAUUGCUACUACAGUGCAGAAAGAUGAGAACUUGAUGUGUUACAUGGGAUUGUACAACUUUGGGUAUAUUGCAUAUGUAUUCCCCAUGAAAACUGCUGAAGUGGAAAAAUGUUCACAGCUCACCUUUGAACAAGAC